GAAAAGUUGGCCCUCCAUAUCCACAGACUUCGCAUCCUACCCAUGUGUUUGGUUAAAAACAAUCCACUUAAAAGUGGACCCUUGCAGUUCAAACCAGUAUUGUUCAAGGAUCAACUGUAUAUGAACACUGCUCCAUCCAUGGUGGACUGUGAGAAUUUAGAAAGAGGACACAGACUAGUUAAGGGGUAGUUUUCUAAAAAGCAGUGGGUGAGGAGGAGAGGUCAAGAGCAUAUCCAGUUGGUCUGCUGGAAACAGUAAGGGCUGUGACUGGCAGUAGGAAGGGGGCCAAAAGUGUCCAAGAGGUGUUCCAUAAAAAAGAAUUUCAGGAAAAAAUGAAAAGUUGCAAAUGGGACAUGAGAAGAGAUGAGGUGGCAGGCAGGGGUGCAGAGAUGACAAGCUCUAUCUGGAACAGAUGAAGUUUGAUAUGGACCUUUGUGCAGAAGCAGGGGGCUGGAGACCAAGGUGUAGGAAUCCUGUGAUGGUGGCCAGAGUGGGAGUAAGGAGCAGGCCGUGCCUCAGAGCGGAGAGAAGUGCUAAGGGGUGAGCAGAAGAGGUGAGAGCAGGGUUGGUGGGUGUAGGCACAGUGAGGAAGAACUCUCGUGGAUGCUGACUUAAAUGGAAGAAGGGGAAUGGGCGAGGGGGCACUCGGGGCUCUCUUCUUCUUCUCAAUAUGGGUAUUAGCCCUUCUUCCUUCUCUCUUGCCCACGAGGGCUCCCCAGCUUCUGGUAGAUGGAGGUGGCGAGGUGACAGCCAGACCAAGGAAGGAUCCGAGUGGCUGCAACCUAGUCUGUGCUGAUGAUACAGCCCAGGCAAGCUGUUUCCAGCUCCAUUGUGCAGGUGAUAACUGGUCACAGCUGCUCUCUCCAGGGGCCCUGGAGGCGGGGUAGGAGGGCAAGUGCUCUCUGAUGGUGGGCAGGGGGAAAAGAAUGGUGGGAGGUCAUGAAAAGAUACCCUAGAAAUGCAGUCUGUGGCCCUGGGUUCCACCCCAGUGUGCCACCACCUUGCUGUGAGACCUUGAGCAAGUGCCAUUAUUUCUCUGAGCCUGUUUAUUUAUAAAAUGGGGAAGAGUUGGCACAAGUUUGAAAAUAUUUCUCAGGCUCCACCCGGUUCUGAAAUUCGGUGAUUUCCCAACUAGGGUGCACUCACCAUGUACGAGGCUGGGGAGAGACUGGUGAGAAACCCAAUUUAGCAUGUGAAGCAGGGCCCAUUGGCUGAGCUUGGGCACGGCAAACCCCUACCCUCGGGAAGGUACUUUGCAGCGGAGAUUGCCAGGGGAGACUAAGCGGGGCCUCUCACUGUCUCUGGGGCAAGCUCUCAGCUGAGACCCUGCUAGGGGCGACGAGUCAAGUGCCUAAGCUGCACCUUGAGCAGACUCAUGAGCACCAGCUCCCUAGGGUGUGUCCCUAAGGUGCCCGCCCCAGCCCUCGGCCAGCUCAGGCCGCCCCGCAGCGGCAGGGGCGAACCCCAGGCCUCGUGGGAGGACUUAGGAGGUUGCAAAGGCGGGGCCGGGUACCGAGGGAGCUGGAGGGACCGGCACGGUCGGCUCCCUGGAGCAGCCGGAGGGUGAGGAAAUCCUCGUCCGGGGAAGACCUGCGGCCGCAGCUCUAGAGCGCCCUCUUCUCUGGCUCCGGCCCUCCAGCCCGUUAAUUUAGGACUUGGGGGUCCCCGACUGCGACCCAGGUGGUGAGGGGGUAGCCUAGCCAGUCCGGGAGCUGCUAUUUUUAGGCUGCGCGGCGGGCGCGAGGAGUCUAUUUAUAGAUCAAACAAUCCGCGCUCCCUGCGUCAAUGGAACCCCGCGUGCGUCACGCGCGCAGACAUUCCAGGCCCCCCUCCUUGCCCCGCCCCCUCCUCGCCCCGCCCCCUCGGGCUCCCCUUCCCCGCGCCUCCCCCUGGCCGCCUCCCGCCGGAACCGCACCGCCCCCCGCGCCCUUGUAUGGCCAAAGCUCGCCGGGCCGCGUGCGUCAGUGGCGCCCCCGCCCCUCCCCGUGCGUCACGGAGCGCUUAAGAGGAGGGUCCGGCUCGCCGGGGAGCCCCAGUGGCGGAGGCUGCGAAAGUUGGGGGAGUGAGCUGGCGGAGCUGCUGGAGCACACAAGGGACCAGGCUGCGACUCGGGGCGCUGGUCCCAGGCCGGGGGAGCAGGAGCCGGCCGGAAAUGCCCUGUAUCCAGGCCCAGUAUGGGACGCCAGCACCAAGCCCAGGACCCCGUGACCAUCUGGCAAGUGAUCCCCUGACUCCUGAGUUCAGCAAGCCCGCCAUGGACCUGGCCAGCCCUGAGGUGGCCCCUACUGUCCCCACUACCCUGCCCAGCUUCAGCACCUUCAUGGAUGGCUACACAGGAGAGUUUGACACUUUCCUUUAUCAGCUGCCAGGAACAGCCCAGCCAUGCUCCUCGACCUCCUCCUCAGCUUCCUCUACAUCCUCAUCCUCAGCCACUUCCCCCGCCUCUGCCUCCUUCAAGUUUGAGGACUUCCAGGUGUACGGCUGCUACCCCGGUCCCCUGAGCGGUCCCUUAGAUGAGACCCUGUCCUCCAGUGGCUCUGACUACUAUGGCAGCCCCUGCUCAGCCCCGUCGCCAUCCACGCCCAGCUUCCAGCCUCCCCAGCUCUCUCCCUGGGAUGGCUCAUUUGGCCACUUCUCACCCAACCAGACUUAUGAAGGCCUGCGAGCAUGGACAGAGCAGCUGCCCAAGGCUUCUGGGCCCCCGCAGCCUCCGGCCUUCUUCUCCUUCAGUCCCCCUACUGGUCCCAGCCCCAGCCUGGCCCAGAGCUCCCUGAAGUUGUUUCCCUCCCAGGCGGCCCACCAGCUGGUGGAGGGAGAGAGCUAUUCCAUGCCCACAGCUUUCCCAGGCCUGUCACCCAUGUCCCCACACCUUGAUGGCUCAGGGAUACUGGAUGCGCCUAUGACCUCAGCCAAGGCCCGGAGUGGGGCCCCAGGUGGAAGCGAGGGCCGCUGUGCUGUGUGUGGAGACAGCGCUUCGUGCCAGCAUUAUGGUGUCCGCACCUGUGAAGGCUGCAAGGGCUUCUUCAAGCGCACAGUACAGAAAAACGCCAAGUACAUCUGCCUGGCUAACAAGGACUGCCCUGUGGACAAGAGGCGGCGGAACCGCUGCCAGUUCUGCCGCUUCCAGAAGUGCUUGGCUGUGGGCAUGGUAAAAGAAGUUGUCCGAACAGACAGCUUGAAGGGGCGGCGGGGCCGACUACCUUCAAAACCCAAGCAGCCCCCGGAUGCCUCCCCUGCCAAUCUCCUCACCUCCCUGGUCCGGGCGCACCUGGACUCUGGGCCCAGCACUGCCAAACUGGACUACUCCAAGUUCCAGGAGCUGGUGCUGCCCCGCUUUGGGAAGGAGGAUGCUGGGGAUGUGCAGCAGUUCUAUGACCUGCUCUCCAGUUCCCUGGAGGUUAUCCGCAAGUGGGCCGAGAAGAUCCCUGGCUUUGCAGAGCUGUCACCCAGUGACCAGGAGCUUCUGUUGGAAUCAGCCUUCCUGGAGCUCUUUAUCCUCCGCCUGGCCUACCGGUCCAAGCCGGGCGAGGGGAAGCUCAUCUUCUGCUCAGGCCUGGUGCUCCACCGGCUACAGUGUGCCCGUGGCUUUGGCGACUGGAUAGAUAGCAUCCUGGCCUUCUCGAGGUCCCUGCACAGCUUGGCUGUCGAUGUCCCUGCCUUUUCCUGCCUGUCUGCUCUUGUUCUCAUUACUGACCGGCACGGGCUGCAGGAACCCAGGAGGGUGGAGGAGCUGCAGAACCGCAUUGCCAGCUGCCUAAAGGAGCACGUAUCCGCCAUGGCCGGCGAGCCCCAGCCGGCUGGCUGCCUGUCUCGCCUGCUGGGCAAACUGCCUGAGCUGCGGACCUUGUGCACCCAGGGCCUGCAGCGCAUCUUCUACCUCAAGCUGGAGGACCUGGUGCCCCCUCCACCCAUCAUUGACAAGAUUUUUAUGGACACACUGCCCUUCUGACCCCAGCCUGGGAACACGAGAGCACACUCGUGUGUGCUUCUCUAAUUCGCCACCCCAUGUGCCUUUAGCCCACGGGCCCCCAGAGCACCCCAAGCCUAGGCCUGAGCCGCAGACCAGCCCACCUUCUCAACUGUUCCAGGAGGUUAGCAGGGAGCUCAAGCCCCAGGGGAGGCGGUGCAUUCCUGGGGGUGACCCCACUCUUUGUCUUACCUUCCAGCCCAGCCCUGGCCUUCAUGUUUUUUGUAAGUAAACCGUUUUUAACACACACUGCUAUGCUGUAAAUAAGCUGGAUGCUGCUGUAAAUACGGGAAGGAAGAGGUUGAAGUGGGAGUGGGGAGUCAGGAGUCAGGAAUGGGCCCUACCAGCCUGGGCAAGCCUCUCCAGCCUCCUCCUGCUGGCUCUCUCUUCCUGCCCUCCUUCCACAUGUACAUAAACUGUCACUCUAGGAGGAAGACAAAUGACAGAUUCUGACAUUUAUAUUUGUGUAUUUUCCUGGAUUUAUAGUAUGUGACUUUUCUGAUUAAUAUAUUUAAUAUAUUGAAUAAAAAAUAGACAUGUAGCUG